AUGGGUCUCGUUAAACAAGUUCGUUUAGGUCAAUCAGGUCUUAAAAUCUCACCAAUCUUAAUUGGUUGUAUGUCCUACGGUUCAAAGAAGUGGGCAGACUGGGUCAUCGAAGAUAAAGAAAAGAUUUUCAGUAUCUUGAAACAUUGUUACGAUAACGGAUUACGUACAUUUGAUACUGCGGAUGUUUACUCCAAUGGUUUGAGUGAAAGAAUCAUUGGUGAAUUCUUAAAGAAAUAUAAUAUCAGAAGAGAAACUGUUGUGAUCUUGACUAAAAUAUUCUAUCCGGUUGAUGAGACCUUAGAUUUGCACCAUGGUAACUCUACUAAUGAAAGAAACGCUUUAGAUUUGGUUAAUCAAAAUGGGUUAUCAAGAAAACACAUCAUUACUGGUGUGAAAAACUCAGUUGAAAGAUUAGGAACUUACAUUGAUGUCUUACAAAUUCAUCGUUUGGAUCAUGAUACUCCAAAGGAGGAAAUAAUGAGAGCUUUAAAUGAUGUCAUUGUGGAAGGUUCAGUUAGAUACAUUGGUGCAUCAUCUAUGUGGGCCACUGAAUUUGCUGAGUUACAAUUUACUGCGGAAAAGAAUGGUUGGUUCAAAUUCGUUAGUUCUCAAUCAUAUUACAAUUUGUUAAAUCGUGAAGAUGAAAGAGAAUUGAUUCCGUUUUGCAAGAAACAUGGUGUUGGUUUGAUUCCAUGGUCUCCAAACGCUAGAGGUGUCCUAACUAGACCUCUGGAACAGCAAACCACCAGAAAAUUGACUGAUCCUACAUUUAUUAGAAUGGGAUUGGAUAAACUUUCUGAAGACCAAAAGGAAAUCGUGAGGAGAGUGGAACAUUUGGCUGCUAAAAAAAAUAUUUCAAUGGCAAUGUUAUCUAUUGCGUGGACUUUACAUAAAGGUGCCAAUCCAAUUGUUGGUUUGAAUUCUAUUGAAAGAGUGGAUGAAGCUAUUAAAGCCAUCGAUGUCGAAUUAACUGAAGAUGAUAUUAAAUAUUUGGAAGAAACUUACAAACCUCAAAACGUUCUGGGCUUCUAA